AUGGUCCAGAAACGGGCCUGUGAUGCCUGCCACAGGAGAAAGAUCCAAUGUGAUUCUGGAAGCCCAAACGCCCCCUGCAACUGGUGCGAGCAUCAAGGCCUAGAUUGUACAUUCGAUCGUGUCAGGGGACGCAAAAAGCAGCCUAAAUCCAGAUCGAAACAGACGACGGAGAGCCUAUCCGAACGUCUAGCACGUGUUGAGAAAGCUCUCUCGCAGGCAUUGUCCCAUAACAAUGGUGAUGGAAAGGGUGCCGCCAAGAACUUGACUCCCAAUUCACAGUCCACAGAUUCACGCAUGAGCUUGGACAUUCCUCAACAGGAUCAAGCCGGGUCAGCAUUCACGUCUCAAAGACCAUCCUCAGUUUUUCUCAACGAAUCUUACACCGCCUCCAACUCUCCAAGUAUAUCCCAUGAUUCACCUUUCGCGUCUCAUAUCCCUUCUCCCGCCGGUGGUCUCACCAAUACUGUCUCAUACGGCCAGAUCCACUAUCUUGGCUGCCACUUUGGCCAUAUCAGCCAACACAAUGGCAUGCCUCUUCUGACACAAGAGGGAAGGCAAUGGAUCAUGGAAAAGACAGGCCAGGAUGUAAUAUUUGACGCAGGGACUCAACAUUGGUCAAGUCCCGCUCCAUCACCGGCACCGACUGACUUACUCGAGCUACCUGACAGAGCUAUCACAGAGAAGAUUUUUGAUGUCUUCAUCCGCUCUUCAUUUAGCUUGGUGUUCCCUGUGGUUGACCGGGAGCUGUUCAAAACAACCAUAGAGAUUGCUUACCAACCCUGUAUCAGUGAGAUGUCAUUGGAACAACUCAGCGCUAAAGCGUGUGUCCUUGCAUUUGUAUCCAUCAUAUCCUUGUUUGAGGGGUCGUUGGCACUUGUACCAUGCUUAGAUGCUGAUAUAUGUGCCCGGAAAGCACGCUAUCUACUCACAGAUAUCCUUGAGGUAGCUAGUAUUACAACACUUCAGGUGGCCUUCAUGCUGAACAUGCAUGAAGUAUUCUGCGGAAGGCUUCGAUCCGGUGCAGUAUUCCAGGCCAUUGCCUGUCGUAUGGUCUUCACCCUCGGUGGCCACACACACAUACGUCUCAAACCAUGGAAAUCACCAAUCACACGCACAGAACGCGAACGGCGACAACUAAGAAUGCUAUUCUGGCUAUGCUACAUAUUCGACAAGGAUGUCGCUCUUCGGACAGGCCAGCCACCUCUCAUGUCUGACGACUACUGCGAUCUUACACUCCCGGAGAAUUACUUGUCUUGCUACUCAUACCUUCCCAACCUGGACGCCAAUCUGCCGCCUACAUCGUUGGACGAUGAAGGUCUUACACCCCAUCUACCAAGUGACCCUCGCUUGAGUCACAUCAAGGAACGGACCAGUCGUCUGCUAUACUCAGCCCAAGCCGCCAAGAAGACGCCUUCACAGCUACUCCGGGAUAUUAGGGAACUUGACGAAGAGCUGGAGGCUUGGAGAAUAUCCAUUCCCCCUGACUUUCGUCCGGCACUUUCUAUCUACGAUGAAUCUCAGGUUGCUCUUGAGGGGAUGCAUUUACAUCGCAGUAUGCGUCACAUCACUCUGCAUCUAGAUUACCAUCACUUGAUGACGGCAAUUCAUCGAGUUAGUGGAAGAUGUAUGGGGCCUGAUUUUGAGGCACACUCUGACAACGCAGGCUGGGGUGCAGGUGUUGCUUCGAGUGUUGCUCUUUCUUUAGAGGCCAGUCGUUCCACACUGGUGUACCUGCGGGCUGCCAUGGUUGGACUUACAGGUGAAGCAUUCUGGAUCGUAGUAUUCUACCCCACAGCAGCAAUGAUCACCCUCUUCUUCAACAUCCUCAUGCAUCCUCUCGACGAACGAGCCGAGAGAGACCUAGGACUCCUCAACGGAGCCGCCGAGCUAAUCAGCAGUCUUCCAGUUCAACGGCUCACACCGCAUGAGAUCUCGCAUAUGAAGCUGGUUAGCGAAUUUUCUGCUGAGCUGGUUCGGAUGUGUAGGUGCGCAAUAGAGAAGGCGAGCAGGGAGCAACAGGAAAGAUUGGAUAUGCUAGGGAUGAGGCUCCAGUAG